GGAUAUGGAUAUGGCAUUUGAUUACACGGUCACACACAAGUGGGGGAUAGAUACAAACAUGACACGAACAAUCAAAGACUUGAAUGUGACCGGAAUUCAGACUUUCUGAUCUUGAUUGGCGAGAGAGUUUUUGUUUUCUUCAGUUUGCCUGCUCAAAUGCUUCUUCAUCCUCCACAUCUUACACAGCGGGUUCCCAGAACGUCCAAGAGGUUACGCAUGUUGGACUGACGAGAGGUAGUGCCGCAAGUCCUACAAGCUCGCAAAACUUACUACAUACGUGUGCUUGUGGAAAGCGGGCCAGAGCACCCUCCCCCAUGUUCAAAUGGGUCCAGUUCACGCGUUCGAGGUCAUGCACCACAGCCUCAGUAAUCACGGUCCCUACCCCCCGCAAACCCGUGAUGAAGCUCCGGCCGCUGCUGGCAUGAUAACUCCAAUGCGAGAAAGUGUUGAGCAAUGUUCGAAUGGUUGGUGCAAGGCGGUGGUGCUGGAAAGGUGGAGAUAUAUCGGGGAAAAGCGUUGGUCCAGGCUGUACACAUCCCUCGGCCCUUCAAUAAGUUCUUUGGCUGUGAAGGCUUUGUAAAUACCGUAUGGAG